GCCCCUCUCGGCUGGAAGCCGACAAAACGGCGUCGCCCCUUCCCUCCUCCUCCUCUCCGUCCUUCCCGGUCGCCGGCCUUUCAGAGUCUCCGUCUUUCUCCAUCUCUCUCUCUCUCUCUAACAAUGACUGCGAUUCAGGCCGUUGUUCCCUCGGCCGUCUCCGUCUCCGUCUCCCUCCGUUAUCGCACUCCCUCCGCUCCCUUCCUUCUCCCGUCGCGCCCGGCGAGGCCCUCGCCGUUCGUCGGCCGGAGAAUGCCCGGCCGGCGGCGGCGGCUCUCGGGCGGCGCCGCCCCGCGCGUGGCGAUGGUCCAGCAGGCCGUGCAGGGGGCGCCCGCGACCUACGCCAAGGAGAUGGAGCGGCUCUCCGCCAAGGAAUCGCUCCUCCUCGCCUUCAAAGAUUCUGGAGGCUUUGAGGCAUUGAUCAGUGGCAAGUUGACUGAUAUGCAACAAAUUGAUGUGAAUGAGAGGAUCAUUGGUCUCGAGCGACUUAAUCCGACGCCUAGGCCAACAACGUCUCCCUUUUUAGAAGGUCGAUGGAACUUUGAAUGGUUUGGCUCCGGAAGCCCUGGGCUUACUGCUGCUAAAGUGAUAUUCGAGAGAUUUCCAGCAACUUUGGCUAAUCUGUCAAAAAUGGAUAUCAUGAUUAAGGAUGGGUAUGCUAGAAUUACAGCUAAUCUGAAGUUUCUAAACUCGCUACAAAGCAAAUUCAUCUUGUCCGCCAAGUUAUCUGUGGAGGGCCCGCUUCGGAUGAAGGAGGAAUAUGUGGAAGGGAUGGUCGAAACACCAACUGUUAUUGAAGAAACUGUACCAGACCAGCUAAAAGGUGCACUGGGCCAGGCAGCUAGCACAGUACAGCAACUUCCUGUUCCAAUUAGAGAUGCCGUCACUGGUGGAUUAAAAGUACCUUUAGGUGGGACUUUCCAGAGGCUUUUCAUGAUAUCCUACCUCGAUGAAGAGAUACUAAUAAUAAGGAGUACCGAUGGAGUACCUGAAGUCCUCACAAGAUUGGAAGUACUUCCUACGAUGGCCGAGCCAGUCGUGGAGUAUGAGAGCUAGAAAGUAUGUCAUCGACACUGACAACAAUAUAUUGUUUUCCAAAGCAUAGUCACAGCGCAGAAGUUUCACGGUUUCCCUCCUCCACUGAUCUGCUACUUCAUUUCUUUUGUCCACGGUUUGGCUUAUUUCUGCUCACUGGCAUUCCUCGGAGAGGGAAUGCCUCUCUGUCUCAAAGAUUCGUUCGGAGUAACAUUAGUCGAUUCACUAGCAUAAUUAGCAAAAGCAAUCAUCUUUUCGCGAGGUCUUGCCAGAGGUCAACUGUCAUGUUUUCUGGUAUGCUUUCGGGCUGUAGUGAUAAAAACGUGCUUUGCAACUAGGUAAUAUUGUAGCAUGUUGCUGUCAUUGAUGAUGAGGCAUUUGGAAUUUCCUGGUAGAAAAGGAUGCAAAAGAGUUGAAAA